GCGCUCAUAUAUCUAUACAUACAGUAACAUAAUGUAGGAUACUAACAUAUAUAUAUGUAAUUAUAUUUAAUCACAUUAUAAUGGCACUGAUGGAACUAAACUACUAGAAUGUAAUGCCUCUCUUAAAUACAAAAUGUAUGAUGUAUAUAAAAUAUUAGUAAUCGAGUAUAUUUUUAUUCGAUUAAAUUAUCGGAACUUAGAAAUUCCGCAAAUUAUAUAUUGAUCAACAUAUUUGUAUUUUUUUAAUUUACACAGCCGGCAACAAGAGCUAUUGUGUUUAAUAAUUAAGCCUCUCUUGCGAAGUUUUCGUCACAUACACUGGUCAAUAAAAACCAUUAAAAAAACAAAAAACAGAUGUGAAUAUGCAAACACUAGUGCUGCAAAAAGUAUUCAAAGCUUACUAGCCUCGCAUCGGUAAUCUUAUAUUGUGUGAAAAUGCGUUCUCUGGUGUUGUACGUGUUGAGAUAAUUAUAUAAAUAUGUCUAGAUUUGCGACUGUUAUUACGGUGUCAUUUGCGGGUUUAUUUAUUAUUCGUCGUGUUAAUCCUUGUAUCAGCCAUUGAAGUAUCACGUGCUAUUUAUAUGAAUUUACAAAAAAAAGUGGAAGAGAUUAUAUUGGAAAAUCAGUUCGAAUUUCGCUUAAUUUUGUGAAUACAUUUAUCGUAAAAAAAUAUAAAAUAUACUAGAUAGCCAAAAAGUGGAUAGUCCACUUCGUGCAAUUUUAAUUUUUGUUUUUAUUAUCACGUAAUUUAGUUUCUUCACAAGUAAAAGAAAAGAGCGGAAAAAUAUGUUAAAUCUGGCUGUGUCUCAAACUAAUACACAAAAAAACACAUUUGUAAAUCUUCUUAAGAAAAACGAGCAUUAAACUCUGUAUUUAAAUCGUACCGAUGCAAACUACUUGCAUUUGAAGUUGUACAGGAAAACGUGAUUAUAAAUUAUUAACUUGAAUAAAUGAAUUCGAGCCUAUUUUUAUCUAACUUAAACAGCAGUUCCUAUAAUCAAGUUAUUUCAUUAAAAUUCAUGGAAAAUUUGUUUUAUCUUGCAAUAGAAUAUGUCGAUUAAAAACUCUGUUUCGAGCUCAAUUAAUGGAAAUAGAUUUGAAAAUAUAAACAAAAAUAUUCACGCAUAAAAAUAUGGUAUAUAUUUUUAAUAAAAUAUAAAAUAAAAUUAUACAAUAGUAUUGUGCAUAUUCGUAAGAGUAAUAAAUAUCGAAUCUUCAAUGUAAUAUGCAUAUUACAUUCAUAAAAUUAUGUAUCUCUGUAUAAAGAUAACGUUACGGUCGUCAGAUGAAGAGUAUCCAUUCUCUCGUUGGUUACCAAUUGAGUUAAACAUUUAGCGCAUUUGAUCGACUUCCAUUGAGCGCAUUAUGUAUAAAACUCAAAAGCGCAGGAAACUUUUUAAAAGAAAAAAUUGUAAACUUAAUAUCAAUAGCUAGCGCUUUUUACAACUUACUUGUCAGUAAAACUACAGACGCAUACGAAUAAAUAUUUUAAAUAACAUGAAAAUGCUUGCGAUUCUCAUGCAAGCGUAAAGAAAUUGAAUGUUUGAAUGAAUUGAUGAAAUAGAGGGGAGGGGGGCAAAUAUUUUUAGCCGAAUAAAGCAAAACUUAUAUACAUGUAAAAAAAUAUAUAUACGAUGAGCAGAGAUGGAUAUUAUUUAGAGCGUUAUAUUGUAUUAGAUAAUGCCGUUUAUCUGACGGUGCUUUUAUAUAAACACAUAUUAUAUACAUUUAGACACACAUACUUGAAUAAAUGCAUACAAAUGUAUGUAUAUAAUAUUUAAAAAAUAAUGCAGUUUUAAGACAGAUUUUAAGUAAUGAUAAAUGGAAAUUUCCAUGAACAUUAAAAGAUGUAAGCUCAGACACUUGAAUCAUAAAAAAAGUAAUUUUAUUUUGAUUGUUGGUCGGAAAAAAAGACAAUGUAUUAUUAGUUUUUUUCUCGAUUUGGAAAAAUAUAUAUAAAUACUCAAGUGUAGAGUUUGAUUUCAUACAUAAAUAGAAAAAUAUUUCCGUGUGCCCUUCGUAGUGAGGAUAACAUAUAAAUAUUGUACAAGCGAUGCAAUAAUUGUCGCGAUAUAAAAGAUGAAAGAGCAUGUGAGUCGAAAAAAUGAAAAUCGAAGUCUACAUUUUCUGGUGUUUAAAAAUUUUUUGAUUGAUCAAGUGCAAGUGUGUGAACUUUAACAAUCUUUGUUUUUUUGUACUGUGCUGUAUCCUUAUAACUAGACUAUAAAUAUUGUAUAGGUUGCUUAUAUGUCAGUGAUUGAAAAAUGAUAAUAGUGAUUCAUGCACAAAUUAAGUUGUAACGUUAAUUUAAAAUAUAGUCUAUUUCUAAGGUAACAGCGCAAUUGAAGAGGUGAAGAAAUAACGCAUAAAUUGGAGGAAUAUAACAUUGCCUUGAGUAUAACGUGUAAAUAACCAGGAUUGUACGCGAGCGAAUCUGGAUAAAAAUGAAGGAUUAUUAUAAUUUAAAUUAUAACGAUUAUAAAAGAAGUGUGCCACCUUACAGAAAAAAAUAUACACUUGAAAAUAAAUCCAUGAUAGCUGGCAUAGGAUUAAAAUAUAUACUAUAAUUGUAAAAUGUAAAAUGCGAUUGUUUCGGACGUUAAUAAUUUUGAUGCUCGUCAGUAUCUCACAAAAAUUUGCGGAAAUUUUUCUAUAUAAAAUUGAAAUGUAUUGCGAAUCUUUUUGUAUGAUUAGUAAAAAAGCACGUACGAUUUUGUAAUACUUGAAUUCUUGUACAUUUUGAAUGUCAAAUUUGUAAGAAAAAAAAUGGCAUUGAAGCACAGAGACAGGUGCCACAAUUUUUUCAGUCGCAAAAAAUAAAAAUAACAUUGAGUGUAGCAACAAAAUAAAUUGAUUGAAAAUGUUUGAUCUGAGAGAAAAUGCGGAUUGUGUGUGAUUAACAUCUCCCACCCUCUGAUUGUCCAGUUUGCUCUGUGAUUCUGUGUUUAAUACAAAAAUAUAUCUAUGUUUGAUACAAUUGCUCUCAAAUUUUCUUUAAUAACCAUAUCUUUCUUGAAGUUGAAAAUUUUGAACUCGUCCAUUUUCAAGUCAUCUUGCCGCCAAAAGAAUACAAGAUUCGCGACUCGCAAGUUGGCCAAAGGAGGGGAAAGUCGCGCGCGCGCCGCAGAAUAUGAAUGCAUAACACAUCUGCAAAGCCAUAAUUCCCCCAUACAUAUAUACAAGCAUGAUGUAUGUGUAUUAGAGGCAUAAAAGAUUCGCAAGAGAGAUGACCUGUCUAGCGGCGAUAAAAUCCCAGUAACAAAUAUCACAUUGUGAACGGAUAUAUAAUAUAGGUGCACAGCUAUAUAUGGCUCGAGGGGGAAAUUUGUCUCCUUUCUCCUGAACUACAUCAUUAGGCCUCACGUUUUUACGGGAAAAAAGUCAGCGAGCCAAUAUCGUUGCAUCGCGCGUGAACCGGCAAUAUCAAUCAUCGGCGCACUACAUCGAUAAACGCAUAUAACGUUGACUCCUACCUACACACGCAUAUACACACGUAAAAGGUGCAGACUGCCUUUUUGCAGUACCUAUAUACUAUAGCCAAGAAAAGUAUGGACGACGUUUAGCAAUUGAAAGAGAAGAAGCUACAUUCUUACUAGAGUGCUUAUUGUGUUGAUUGGAACCACUCUCCGUCUUUUCUAAUUCCAAGCCAAAAUUGUUUCUUUGAAUAAAUUUGUUAUACUACUGGCCAAACACUUGAAUUGUGCGUACACCGUAUCGUGCGCUUAUACGUAGACAUUUGUACGAUUAAUAAAAUAGGCAAGAAAGAUGCCGCGCGUCAAAGGAUCUCCGAAAAAACUUGCCAAAACUGGCAAUGCCAAUACAUGGAUAUUUCUAAUGAAAGGUGAGAGCUUGGAAAGUUCAGAGGGUAUUCAUCCUAACAUGGUAAAGCUUAGACAUCCAGCAACCAAUCAGUCAUCAAUGUUUGUAUUCAGUACUGGGGACACAACUGUUCAGGAAGUAAUGACAUUUGAUGAAAACAAGCGAUCCUGGUUUAUCAAUGAUACCGUAAGAUCAGAUGGGAAAAUGCAUCUUUCAACACCAAUCGAUCCAAUUUUUUUAAUUUUGCCAUAUUUGAGAAAGUCACAACAAGUUAUGCCUCUAGAACAUGUACUCCAAGACGAAGACUACCCUGAAACAAUUCGGUUGUUGAAAUGUCAAAAUAUUAAACUAUCUCUAAUAGCAGAUAGAAAAGGAGAUGAAUCUCUCCAAGCUUAUAAAUUCAAUGAAGACAAAACUUUGAAUUGGUUAAAAAAAAAAGUUGAAAAAGUUGCAAUAAUAUGUAGGCAAAAAGGCAUCCAUGUAUCUCAAGGAGCAAUAAGUGCCAAUUAUGUGAAAAGUAGCAAAUAUGAAGGUGGAACUGACACAGAGUACUUAAAGUAUGCUCAUGGUAUAGUUUCUGAAUAUUUAGCCGAAGAUUUGUCAAAAAAACUGUUUCAGUAUCUAAAUUUACAAGAUGAAACAGAAAAUAAAAAGAGGAAGCUAUCUAGUCCAGUGAAAAAUCCUCCUGAUGAGAAAAGAAUUAAAAAAGAUAAAAUUGAAAAAAAAGAAGAGGAGGAAAUGCCUAAAGGAGGAGCCCUUGAUUUGACUAAAUCAGAAAAGCCUAUGAAACCACCCCCAGCUACAAAAAAAGAUAUUGCCCGACAGAAAGCUGCAGCUGGCUCUAAAAGUAUAACAAGUUUUUUCAAAAAAAAGUGAGGAUGGAAACAGAAGAAAUGAAUGACAGCACACUGUUUUAGAAGAAAAAAUUUUUUCAUUUUUGCUACUUGAAGUCUAUGUUUCUACUAAUGUUGUUAUACAAAAUUCAUCCUAGGCAAACAUUUUUAGAAAUUUCACACUUCAAGAUCAAUUUUUGAAACAACAAUAGACAAUUUUUAUGAAAUACUGUUGUCAUUUUGAAGUAAAUGAAAUGUAGAAAUUUCGUAUUUUCAUAUGCAAUACAUUAAUUUUUGUUAUUCUUAAAUGUUUAUAUCUUUAUGUAAGCACUGUAUACAAACACAUAACAAUGAGUUUGUUUUUCAGUUGUAAUUUUUUUUGACAAACACUAAUAGGAUAAGCUAAUGUUUAAUUGUUAAUUUUAUACAAAUUCUGUUAAACAGAUUGUGAUUUUUAAAGUGUGAAAAUAUUAUUUCUAUGUACAUAGUUUCCAGUUCUUAUAAAAUUGGUUGUUUUGAGUUAACUUUAGAACUCGUCAAUACUAAAUCAUAUCUUUAUUGAUGGAAGUCAAGAACGCAUUUAAAUUAUAAGAUACAUAGUAUUUGAUAAGCUUAAUGUAGAUACUUAUUUCAGGAAUUUAUAAGUGUAUUAUUUAUAUCACUACUUUAUAAGUGCAAGUUAACAUGUAUGUUAUGAGAUUAUAAAACUUAAACAAGCAUUUAAUCUUUAUACAAUAGCUAUAUAUACAUUCUAUAAGUUUUUAGAACUUCUCAAUAAAAUAAAUUUUAAUCGAUAGAA